AUGGAAAAUGGAAAUAUUACUUUUUUUACCUUCAUCCUCCUUGGUUUUUCCAACCAUCCUCACUUGGAGAUUGCUCUCUUUCUGGUGGUUUCCAUAAUUUAUGGAGUAACUCUCUUUGGAAACUUCUUCAUCAUCAUCUUGAUUGGUCUGGAUUCUUGUCUCCAUACUCCAAUGUACUUUUUCCUCAGCAACUUGGCAUUCUUGAAUAUUUGCUACACAUCUGCUGUGGUCCCCAAGAUGCUUAUCAAUUUCCUGGCCGUGCGAAAAACUAUAUCAUAUACUCUAUGCAUUGCGCAGGUAUAUACCACACUUUUCUUGGGGGCAGCUGAGUGCCUUCUGCUUCUGGUGAUGGCGUUUGACCGGUACAUCGCUAUUUGUAACCCGCUGCAUUAUGUGACCACAAUGGACAAGAAGGUCUGCCUUUCUCUUGCUUUAGGAGCAUGGAUCAUCAGCUUCCUAUUAGUGAUUCCAGCUUUUAUUAUGACACCGUCUUUGUGCAGUUCCACCAUUGACCAUUUGUUUUGCGAAGUACCUGUUAUGCUUCAGUUGGCCUGUCCAAAUGCUGACACAUCAAUUAGUGAGAUCUUGAUGGUCACGGGGAGUACACUCACCCUGUUGAUGCCACUUGUCUUGAUUUUGUUGUCCUAUGUCCGCAUAAUUAUCACCGUCUUUAGAAUCUCUUCUGCAGAUGGGAAGCGGAAAGCGUUCUCCACUUGCUCAGCCCACAUCACAGUGGUGACCAUCUACUAUGGAAGUGGAAUGUUCAUGUACAUGAGGCCAAAGGCUGGCUACUCUGCUGAGAAGGAUAAACUGAUUUCACUUUUCUACUCCGUGAUCAACCCAAUGCUGAACCCCAUCAUAUACAGCCUCCGAAACAAAGAUGUGAAAGAGGCCCUCUUGAAAGUAUUGGAGAGAACCAAAGCGUUUUACCAAGAAUAA